AUGAAUAAUUCCAGUAUUGAUACAAUUUUUUCUCAUAACACACAAAACUUGACUCCUGAUCAUAGUCAAGUACGUGUCAAAUUUACAUAUUCAUUUGAUAAUGAUCAACUUUUACCAAUAAAACAAACAACUCUUGUUAAAAUGGAACCUUGUUUCAAUGUUAUUGCAAGUGAAGAUGAACUAACUAAACAUUUUUAUCAAAAUAAAUUACAAGUUAUUUCAAAGAAAUAUGAUACAAUUCAAGAUAUUCAACAACAAAAACUAAAUGAAUCAGAUAGUGUGGAGAAUGAAUAUUCUCCUCAACUAAUUAAGGAAAGAGAAUUAACUCAUAGGGAUAUUGAUGAUAAACAUGCUACUCCUAAUCACUUAACAUAUUCUUCAUCUAAAAAAUCUAUUUUAAAAAAAUCUCAAAGAAAAAAAGAAGAAAGAUCAAUACCGAAAAAAGAUCAAUUAUCGAUAUCUCGUUCAACUUCUCUAUCAUCUUCAACAAAGCCAAAAACAUCUUCCAAUCGUCUUGAUUUUAAUCAAGUUUUACAUCUUGCUGAAGUAACAUCUAAACAAUAUGCUUCAUCAUAUCCUUUUUAUUCUCGUUCUCUUUUUGAUCAAACUUUUAAUAUAUUUGAUCCGAACAGACCGUAUUACAUGACAACAAAUAGUUAUCAUCGUCCAUUUCGAUCUCAAUAUUAUAUGAAACCCUAUCGAGAACAAGUUAAUAUUCCCAUGAACAUGAAUAAACAACGCUCAAGAUCACUUUCACCCAAUCAUCUUGCACAACAAUCAAAUAAAACUUCUCGUUCAAAUACUUUUACAAAUCAACAUGCUCGAACAUUAAAACGACAAUUAAAUAGGAAACAACAUAUUUCAUGGUCUCCUUUUUCAUUUAGAAUGGAAAAAUCUUCCAAAAAAACAAAUUCUUCAUUAUCAACACGUCCGUCUCUUUCAUUAAUGAAAUCUUGUCAACAAAAUUCUCCUUCAAACAUGCCUGUUCUUGUUUAUCAUCAGAUACCGCGAACAUCUCAAUCUUCUUCUUCUUCUCCAUUACCAGUUGAUUCAUAUCAUACCCCUUCUACUAGUGAAUAUUCUCUCACAUCUGUAACACCAGUAUCAUUACAACCUUACAACAAUGAAGAAGAGAAGAGUAUUUUAAAAUCUCAUUUGCCUGAUAUAGUAUAUCAACAUCAGAAAGAACAUGAUGAAACCAUGGAACGAUAUGAACGAAUGUUAGAAAAGAUGCGAGCUACUGAUGUACAACUUCAGUCAUUAUCUCGGCCUAGACAAGUUUUAGAAAAUUAUAGAAGAGAAUUUUUCAAUGGUUAA